CUGACAGCCAGUGCGGGGACAAGGAGCUCCCCCCCCCCGCCAAAUAUGAUCAGCACCCUCUCAACCCAGAGAGUAACGUCUAUGCAUGUACUUCUACGACACCAUGCUUGAGAUGACUGUGAUAUCUCCGAAUCAGACGUGGCCCAACUGUACGCUGCCAUACCGGGUGGACAAGAUUCCGCUGAUUCUGCUGUACAGCUUGGUGCUGAUCAUUGGACUUCCUGCAAACGUGGCUACUGUAUACAUGACUUUCCUGCAGGUCCGACGCAAGAACGUCCUGGGCAUUUAUCUUCUGAGCCUGUCGCUGUGCGACCUCAUGUAUCUGUGCACCCUGCCCAUGUGGGCCGUGUAUGUGGGCAAGGAACACAAAUGGCCCUGGACCUCGUUUGCCUGCAAAUUAACCAGCUACAUUUUUUUCAACAACAUGUACAUCAGCAUCUUCCUGCUCUGCUGCGUGUCGGUCGACCGAUUCGUGACGGUGGCCUAUGGUCUGGAGUCACGCGGCCUGCGGCAGCAGAAGCUGGCUGGCGCCGUCACCUCGUCGAUCUGCCUGCUGGUGGCACUUGUCCACUUGCCUGUCUUCACCAUGGCGGAGGGCGAAACAGACCAGCAACAGUCCUGCUUCGAACCCAGUCAACCCAGCCUCACCGUGACUGGCUUCAACUACGCACGUUUCGUCAUCGGCUUCCUCCUCCCAGUCGCUAUCCUAGUGGUCACCAAUCGCCGCAUCUUCGCCAGCAUCCAGGCCAGUGAAACCAUCCACGCCAAGCAGAAGUAUAAGAUCAAGUGCUUGACAAUGGUGGUCAUUAUCUUCUUCUUGGUCUUCUUUGGGCCUUAUCACCUUAUCCUUCUGCUGCGCGCCGUUACCUUCCACAUCCCCCAGUUACGGUACGACUGUGACUUUGAGGUACGGGUCUACACGCCUUACACCAUCUCCCUGGGGCUAUCUACUGUCAACAGUGCCAUGAACCCCAUCCUCUACGUUCUGGCCAGCGACAACAUCCGAAAGGAGAUUCGCCACGGCCUGGUGGCACUGGUCCGCCGGUCUAUCCAACGUCACCAGACUGACAGCAGCCAGAACAAGAUGCAGUCGUCGGAGGCAACCCAGGGCCAGGAAAACCCCAGCAGCUGAGGUGGCAGGGCAAAUUGAAACAAUUGCUUUUUUUCAGUGGCAAUGACAACCGCUCUGCUGUACCUGGCAGUGCUGUACCACUGCUACCAACUAGUGGGAAAAAUAUGGAGUAUUUAUAAGGUUACGAACUAUCUUGAAGGACUAAUAAAUGCAGUGUGUGGCCCAGUGGACUAUGCCUUUUAGCACCAGCCUCAGCACACAUGUGGGUCCUUGAGCAAGGCCCUUAGCCCCCAGCUCCUUGGUUGCCCCAGUGGUUGGUUGCCCUUCGUGGCCAGCUUACUCUCACCUACAGAGAGCAAGUUGGGGGAGGUGUAAAGAGAAUCUCCAUGUGGGAAUCGAUAAAGUAUCUAUUACAAUUUUUUAAAUGCACUUAUCACAUAAUGCUAAAUGUGACAAGUAGUAUUUAAGAUUUUUAUUGGAAUGUGGUUAAACUCUUUCAACAGAGUGAGCCCGCAGGGCAACAUAGCUAUUUAAGUCUAUGUUAUGUGAAUGGCUCGGCACCCAGGCACUCACAGGCUCAAGGUGUAGGUUAUGGUAACUUUAUUCCAGGCAUAAUACUCUUGUUUUUUUUAGUGCCUUUCUUGGGGGGGGGGGGGGGGUUUAUUAGACCAUGUUUUCUCUACCUGAGGCUUUACACAGCAUAGCUCUCUUUGGAUCGGUAUGGUCUCACUCCUCAAGCACGAUACACAGCUGACUGGAGAAGGAGUGUGUAGGACUUGAUGCCAGCAAAACCUUAACUAGGAGAAGUGGUGUGGUCAUGAACUGUGGCAAUGCGAUAUUUCCUGCACUUUCGUGCUGUGUCACACCAUUCUGUGGUCAUAACUGUCAAAAUAUCUUAUUAUCGUCAUUUAAAAUAUUUGCAUUAUUUUUUGAAUAGCACUGAAAAAACAAAAUUGCUUCAAGUGUUUUAUUUUAUUUUUACAUGUGAAUAUAAACUGUAAUGCAUAAUUUGUCAUUUCAUCUGCUGGCAGAGUUAUUGGUUUUAUAUGGGUAUUAUUGGUAAUUCUGGUCUGACCAGUUAAGCAGCAAUCUCUACAAGGCAAAGUAUGCUUGUGGUUAGAAUUUCUGCCGGCAUGAAUUCAGCUUUUAAAGCAUUAAUUGUUCAUAAGCUAUUAUGAAGACACCCCACAUCUGCUGUAAUAAAAUCCGAUAAUGCUUUAAAAACACAAAA